CCGUAUAGUUUGAUAUGAUUAACAGUACAGCACGUAGCCGGCAUGCUAGCUUGUUGCAUACCAUGCCCAAGCCAAAUUACUUGCCCGGGUCAGCUAGCAAUUGUGUGAGGGACGUGGAGUAAUUGCCACUACCCGGUACCAGCAGCAGGGACGGGUUUUUACUAAAGCCGCCUCCUCCUCCUGCUGCUAGCCGAAGUUCCUCAUCUGUGUGUGGAUGAGGUAGUCGGGUGUUUGAGCUAGCUCUAACACACACCGAGGCGGUGGAUACAUGUCUACCCCUCAACCACGAGACAAGACACGAAAGGGACAUUUUGCAGUUCAUGUUUCGCCAAGAAGUCAGUGUGACGUCUUUUAUUCCAUCUUGUUCGUAUCUUUUUCACUACGAGAAGAGGAAUAUGUCUAGAUAUAACAUAUACAGCCUGUUGGACUGGCUCUAUGGCGGGGUGGACCCGAAGUUUGAGGGCAACGGGGGCCCGGACUGUGCCGCCUUCCUCGCGCCCCAGCAGCGCAUCAGUGAAAGUCUGGUCAUCGUCCUCAUCUCUUUAAUAGAGGUUUGCGUGGCGCUAAAGAAAAUAAACCUCUCCAAAGAGCACCGAGUGGUGGGAAAAGACUGCGCGAAGGAGGACAGUCUGGGCAAGAACUUGUUGCUGGUGGCCCUUUGCAUGACUUUUGGAGUGGAGGUUGGGUUCAAAUUCGCGACCAAGACUGUGAUCUACCUGCUGAACCCCUGCCAUGUCAUGACCAUGGUUCAGAUCUUCCUGCUGGCCUGCCCGCCAUGUAAAACAGCAAUGGUUGUAUUUAGGGUCACUUUCUGUUUCCUCAGCCCUAUGGGAGUCCGAUGCAGCUGCAGUGAGAGGUUUCAUCAAGGCAACAGAAGCUACCUGAAAUGACUAUAAAGUAGCUAA